AUGACCUCGGUGUACAUCCUGAUCAUCACCGUGGGGCUGCUGGGGAACAUCACGCUGGUGAAGAUCUUCGUCACCAACAGCGCCAUGCGCAGCGUGCCCAACAUCUUCAUCUCCAGCCUGGCUGCGGGAGACCUGCUGCUGCUGCUCACCUGCGUGCCGGUGGACGCCUUCCGGUUCUUCUCCCAAGAGUGGGUGUUCGGAGAGGCCGCGUGCAAACUCAUCCCCGUCAUCCAGCUCACCUCCGUGGGGGUGUCCGUGUUCACGCUCACCGCUCUCAGCGCCGACAGGUACAAGGCGAUCGUGAAUCCGAUGGACAUCCAGACAUCCAGCGCUGUCUUCUGGACGUGUCUGAAGGCCGUCUCCAUCUGGCUGCUGUCCGUCCUGCUGGCUGUUCCUGAAGCCAUCUUCUCCCAAGUCGUCACCAUGCAGGGUCACAGGGACCUGACUAACGUGACCUUUGUGAACUGCGUGCCGUACCCGCUGUCCAAUCAGAUGCAUCCCAAGAUCCACUCGGUGAUGAUCUUCCUGGUGUACUUCCUGGUUCCUCUGACCGUCAUCUCCGUGUACUACUACCACAUCGCCCGCACGCUCAUCAAGAGCGCGCACGACAUGCCGGGGGAGAUCAGCGAGCACACCAAGAGACAGAUGGAGACGAGGAAGCGCCUGGCUAAGAUCGUGUUGGUGUUCGUGGGCCUGUUCGCACUCUGCUGGUUCCCCAACCACGUGCUCUACAUGUACCGCUCCUUCCAUUACCACCAGAUGGACCUGUCUCUGGCCCACCUGGUCGUCACGCUGCUGGCCCGGGUCCUCAGCUUCUCCUCGUCCUGCGUCAACCCCUUCGCCCUCUACCUGCUCAGCGAGAGCUUCCGCCGGCACUUCAACAGUCAGCUGCGAUGUGGGCGAAGUCCCCGCCCCGAGCGCCAGGCCAGCUACAUGCACAGCACCUCCCACAUCCGCCUCACCUCCAUCAAGAAAACGGCUCCCUCCGCCGCCAUCAUCGCCGCCGCCGCCGCCAACGGCAACAGACAGGAAGUGGCGCUGUGAAUCCAGAUGCUCUGCUUCACCUCAUCUGGAGGACUUCUGCAAAACCCCC